CAGGAAGUUAGCCGCUGCUAACAGGAAGUGGAAUAAUGAGGACGGACUGAGGCGCAGGAAUUGGCGAACAGCAGCGAGUUCAAACAUUGACCCUUAUAGCCUUUGAAACACUUCCCUCUGAAACAGGUGGAACAAGCAGCCAGCCACCAGUGUACGAAGAACAGCCGAAGGCAGCUAUGUCUUCAACGGUGGAUCUCAAGACAAAGGAGGAGAAGGAUGCAGAGCUGGACAAGCGAAUUGAAGCUCUGAGGAAGAAGAAUGAAGCUCUGAUGAAGAGGUACCAGGAAAUAGAGGAAGAUAAGAAGAAAGCAGAGCAGGAGGGCAUUGCGGUGACGACACCUCGUAAGCCCCGCCCCCAUGAGCCGAAGCAGGAGAAGGAAAACUUCACUGUCACAGUCGACCUUUCUAAAACAACAGGGGAGAAGAGAGUUGUGAAUGAAUGGAGACCGGGAACUCCUCGCGGCCGGAAGACAUCAGAGGAGAGCGACAGCCACAGAGGGCAGAGUGAUGGCCGCAGCCCCCCCAGGAGGACCGGGUCUGGGCGAAUGGGUCGGGGAGGUCAGAGAGGAGGAGGAGGAGGAGGAGGAGGUGGUGGUGGUGGUGGUGGUGGUGGUGGUAGUGGUGGUGGUGGAGGAGUAGGACAAGGAGUAGGAGGUGGCAGCGGGGGUCGCCAAGAUAGGAGAGACCGGGAACCGAGAACACCCAGAGAUGGAGAGCCUGGUGAACCAGGUGGCCAUGGACGCAGAGGAGGAAGGAGAGGAGGAGGAGGAGGAAGAGGAGGAGGAGGAGGAGGAGGAGGAGGAGAAGGGACACCAGGAGGAAUAGACAGGAAAUCCAAGGAAUGGGAGGAGAAGAGACGACAGAACAUUGAGAAGAUGAAUGAAGAAAUGGAGAGGAUAGCAGAGUAUGAGAGAGGACAGCGGCAGGAUGGAGACAAACCGACCCGUAACUUCCUGGAUGACCCGAGACGUUCAGGUCCAGCCCCGGACACGGACCGCAAGGAGGGCAGCCGGAGACAUGUACGAAACUGGGGGGGACUGGACUUUGACAAUGUGAAGACAGGGUCUGAGCUGGAAAAAGAGUGGACCAGCCGGAGACCUGGUCCCAAAGGCUCUAUGGAUAUGACGAUGUCUAUGACCGGCCGGGAGAGAGCAGAGUACCUGCGCUGGAAGAAGGAGCGUGAGCAGAUAGAUGAGGAGAGAUUAGCACGCCAUCGUAACGCCACAGGCCAGUGGAGACGAGAGUGGGACGCGCAGAAGACGGACAACAUGUUCAAAGAGGACCCAUAUGCGGCCACUGAGGGCAUCCCAUCGGAGGGCAGCAGGAGAGCGCGGGGGCAUAACUCUCGUACAGAGCCUCGGGGCAGGGCCUCAGAUGACAGUAAGCGACCUCCGAAAGCGCCGACAUUCGGCGACUUCCUGUCCCAGGGCAGGAGCCAGGGGCCGAGGGGCGACCGGAGCAGAGGGAGGGGCCGAGGACAGAAGCAGAGCUACAGCAUGCAUGACAACCGCUGGGAGGGAGAGAAGGAAGAGGAGGAGAAGGAAAAGGAGGAGAAGGAAGAGGAGGACAAGACGAAGAAAGAAGAGAAGAGUAAAAAGAAAGAUGAGGAAGAAGAGAAAUCUAAACCUCCCACAGUACAGAAGGUGGAGGAGAAGAAUGGAGAAGGGGAGGAUGAUGAUGAAUGGGAGGAUGCCAGUGAUGAUGGGGAAUAUGAGGAGGUGAGCGACUCAGAGCAAAACUCAAAAGGCGACGAGAAGAAGGACAUCGGAAAGGAGAAGCGAGCGAAGAGCAAAGAGUCCUCCCCAAAAACUCCCAAACCUCGUUCUCGUCAGACGUCAGCAGGAAGCCCCAAAGAUCAACGGACUCCCAGGCCGAAGGUCCACAUCCCACCCCCAGCGGCCGCUCAGGAGUCCCCAGAGGGAGGCAAACCCCUCAGCCCCUUCUCCCCACUGGACGGCCAUCAGCCCGUGUCAGACUGGGCGGAGGAGAUGGAGUUGCGGUCACCCAGAAGCAGCAUGGGAGGCGAGAGCCCGCCGAAACCCUCCAGCGUUGAUUCCAGCCCUCCACAGAAGAAGAAGGAGGAGGAGGAGCAGCAGCAGCAGGAGGAGGAAGAAGAGACCAAGAGCCAAGCUGCCAGCUCCAGUGAACCUGCCGAGUCACAGAGUGAGGAGCAUGCAGCCGUUGAUGUUUCGUCUCCUCCGGAAAAAGCUGAAAUCCAGGAGAUCCAGGUGAUGGUGUCAGAACCUGAUUCGGCUCCUAAAGACUCACCUACUGCGCUGCCAUCUGACCCCGCCCCGUCUGAGGUGAAGGUGGACGAGGAUACGCCUCCAGUCCCGUCACAAGCAGACAAACCCGACUCCCCGCCCGCCCCCUCCGUCCUGGAAGCUGAACCAAGCUCGCCUGAACCUUCAGCAGAAAAAGAAGAUGACGCACCGCCUGCCGAGAGCGACGCUGCUCCGACAGCAGGAACAGAGCAGUCCUCAGAGCAGCCGUCCUCAGACUGAAGCUGCAGCACGUCUGAGGAUGGAUGGAGGAGGAGGAGGAGAUGGAUGCAUCACACUACUCAUCCGUGACCACUGCAUAUCUAAAUUUGUUUUAAAAAACAGGAAAAAAAUGACUUCAUCCAUGAUAAGGAGGUGGAGGAGGAGGAAGUGUGCAUCGCCUCCACGGACCAACCUCUUCUUAGUGCUCUGAGCUGUGAUCAAACACCCCCUCCCUUUGCUUCACCUCCCCUCUCUCUGUAGUACUGAGACAUCAAACGUAAAAUGUCCAUCAGUGUCUUGGUUUAAAAAUGGCGACUUCUCUCUACAGACUCGUUUUCUCUGCUCUGAGAGAACAUCUGUGUUCAUGUGUAUGAAUGUUAGCACAGGAGGUGAUUUAAGACAUGCUAAAGGGGGAAAAAGUCACUCUAACACUGCCCCGAGAGCCUCACAGAGGUCGUUUCUGCCUCAGAGAUUCUGCUGAAGUUACAGAUGGUAACGUGGAUUACUUCACUGCCUGGAUUACUUCAAUGCUUCACUGCAUCCUUUUUGUCCCGCAGGCUCUCAUCCCCAUUGAUCACCCCUUAACGAAGAAGCCGGCUGCUGAGCCCAGCCUGUAUAAGGUCGAUGUGGUCUCUCCUCUCAGGACCAGGAACCUGAAUUUCUCCACGGGAAAAAGACAAUCAUUAACCUCCAACUUCCUCAGUGAUUGAUUGAUUGGCUAAUAAGAUGAGUGAAUCCAAUCGUCCGCAGAAUGGGGCGAUCGCCGUCCUGUUCUAACACAGUUACAGGAAGCAAGAAAAUGGUGAUUGACACAAAUAUUGACCACGCUUAAACUGAUAUCCUGUAAGAGGAUCUCAGCCACAUUAAUCAAUGAAAAACAAAUCUGCCUUUUCCUCAAUUAUAUUUUCUUGAUGCUGUUGAAAUGAAAAGGCAGGACUACAGCUGCCAGACCCAGUUAAUGUUGAGCUUUAAGCAGAGGUGACAGGUGUUUGCUAAGCUCGCUUCUUUCCGAUCACAGUUUCCGUCUUUUCCAUCACGGCGAUUCUAGCUUUUCCGAUCUGUCCCAAAACGUCACGCUGCAGUUUCACCGCUUCAUUUUUUAAGGUGGCGGCACAGAUGACGCAGAUUUAAUGAAAUUUUAAUUGAUCAUGUGAUUCAAAUUCAGCUCAGAUUCAAACUCGGCUCUAUCAUUUAAUUUUUCCAUCGGCUCAUUUUGUGUCGAACGAGAUCGAACAUAAUAAUAUCAUAUAAUGAAUUGUUGUUUGUAGUAGAUGGUGGCAGUAAAACAGCGCCCUUUUUACUUAAUGUUUUAAAUAAUGUUGGCGUUUUCCAUCCAUAAGUCUAUUUUCUGACGCUUAUCCAGGUUCGGGUCACAGAGGCAACAGACUGAGUAAAGAACCCCAGACUUUUCUCACCCCGACCAUCUUUUCCAGCUCAUCCAUGGUGACACAGUCGUUCCCAAGCCAGCCAGGAGAUUUUAUCAAGUUUUUAUCACUAAAUAUGAAUUUUAAUCAACAUUUAAACAAAAAUGUGUUGUUGGAACUGCACAGACUCACUGUGCAACAACAUAAGUGGUAUCUUUGAAUUAUUUGGGAAGACACUUUUCAUAAAGAUUAAUUUAUUAUGUGGAUACCUUUUUGAUCAAAUCUGAAAACACAAAAAUUUCACUUCAGAAUUCUGUGAAAAUCACAUUUUUGUGACAUUUUUAUCCUAAAGCUGAAAUUUGUUUGUCCUCAGAGGCAGCAGACAUCAGCAGUCUCUCUUCAGUCGUGUCACUAUGUUGAGCGUAACACUGAUCUGAGUUACAAAGAGAUUCACAUAUUCAAAACACAGGAAUCCACCGGCUGUAUAGUUGCGGUGUUGCUGCAGGCGUAAAGCAGAGGGGUGUUUAAAAGGCACAGCAUCGAGCCGCCACGUCUUCAUCUGCAUAAAGUGGAAGUUUAGGGUUCUUUGUGCAAAUCAGGAGCGUUCACUCCAACACGAGGUCUCUGGGAAGUCGUGGAAAAUUGUGAAAUUAACCCCUGUGAGUCUGUAAUGAAGACUGAUUCAGCAGGCAUCAUUCUCCCUGCACUGGGUGCAGACGACUCGCGGUCUUGAUUUUGGUUUUAAAUCCAGGACUGUGGGAGAAAACCCACGCGAGGUGUUCACCCCACGCGAGGUGUUCAUCUCUUUUCUCUUUAUCGUUCCAUUGAAAGGCCGUCUGUGAGUUUAAAUAUCAGGAGGUAAGGCGUGCAGUAGAGGGUUAAAGGACAAACUCCCAACAAGACCUCAAACCUCAGUUUGACCCAUUUCUGGACUCGUCAGCAAGCUGCAGCAUGUUUUAAGUGUCCAGAUUAAAAUCAGUGAAACUGAGGUUUGUCCGCGUGUUCCCCACGUUUCGUUCCUUUUUUUAGUUUUUGGUCUUCAGGACUGGAACGCCACCACAAACGAACCCUUCCUGUAAAUGUUAAUCAGCUGCUGCUCACCUGCUUUACCUGAAAGAAUCAUGUGACCUACUCGGGUCUUCUCUUAAUUUCAAAUCUAUCAAAAUCAGUUAUGUACUCAGAAAAAAAAUCACUCCAGUUGAUGAUUUGAUUAUGUCAUUCUCUCUGAUAUUGCAUUACAUUUAGGCGACUACACUUUGCCCGGCCCUCUUAGGACUCGCUGCCUCCAAUGUAUGAAGUUUGUUUUGUUUUUUGGGAUUAAAUGCAAAUGUUUUAAACAGUCGUUUGUAAAUGAAACUGUCUCCCUCUUUUUGUUCUGAUGGUUUAUUUUGGAGUGAAUCUGCUCUCUCAUACCUCAGCGGGCCAAGGGCUUCAGAGUGAGUUUGUUUUCUCAGCUCGCAUCAGCCGGAGCGUUGAACCUGUGGCGUUUAAACACACGUGGAUGAGUGGGGAUGCUUUAAUGUUUUAUGUAUUCUGUAUCCGAGGAAUAAAAGUGAUGCCUCUGGGUUGAAAGAAAACUGCAGUAUGUACAGUUUUAUAAAAGGAAUUGUUCCAGCAUUGAAUGUCUGUGCAAAAUGCAGCCUGUGAUCCCUGAAGUUUCCUCGUCUUCCUCUUCUCUGCGGUUUGAGCAGGUCGUGGUUGUGUGUGUUAGUCCGGUCUCCAUCACAGUCCAGUUCCUUUAUCGGCUGUUCAGAUUCAUAUUGCUGCAUCUUAGCACGCAUGUUUAGGUGAAGCCAGUUUGAGUGGUUCACCUCCUGAGCCCAGCAGGCAGCGGAUAUCUAAUCACGUUUUACUGUCCAGCGUUCUCGGUCUUCGCCCACCUGCUGAUUCUCUUGCAGCAGCCUGUGCAGCAGGGGCGUCUCCGGGCAGGUUUUCUCCUUCUCCGGGACGACUGACAGGAAAUCAAAAUAAUCAGAGACGCUGUAGGGAACUAAUGGAGAGUAAGCUCUGUGUUCCUCGGCUCAGGAUCUGCUUUGUCAGAGGAGGUGAUUGCCUCUUCCA